GCAUCGUUAGCUGUGUGGACGUGUGCAGUUAGCGGACAGACGGUGGUGUGGGAGUAUCUCAGCUAAAUAUUCCAGUUGUAACGGAGCAGCGAUGUCUUCGGUUCAGUAUCUGAGAGACUUUGUCACCGAGCGACUAACUGCUGCUGCUGAAGAAAUAUUCGGAGUCUUUGAAAAAACCAUCGUCGAGUACGAGGCAGAGGUCGAUCGUCAGCGCAGACUGCUGGAUAUCGUUUGGCAACCUGAAAUAAAGUUACACAGGAUAGAGCUCCCACAGCAGCAUGUCUGUCAGGAGGAGGAGGUUCUCAGUGACCAGCAGCUCUGUGACCAGGAGAGGAACUCCAGCCUGGACCAAGAGGACCCAGAUCCACCACAGAUUAAAGAGGAGGAGGAGGAAACCUGCAGUGGUCAGGAGGGAGAGCAGCUUGUACUGAAGCAGGAGACCGAUGCCUUUAUGUUGACUCCUGAUUAUGAGGGAAGUGACCACACUGAACCAGAACCAGGCAGAGACCAGCAGCUCCUCUCUCACAGCUCUCCUGUAGAUGAGAGCCAAGAUCAGACAGGAAGCAAACAUGUGGACUCAGGAUUAACUAGAAUUGCAGAGACAAAGACACAGAAGACACAACACAAGAACAGGAGUCACAGCAACAGUGUUUCCAACAAAGAGCUCCCACAGCAGCAUGUCUGCCAGGAGGAGGAGGUUCUCAGUGACCAGCAGCUCUGUGACCAGGAGAGGAACUCCAGCCUGGACCAAGAGGACCCAGAUCCACCACAGAUUAAAGAGGAGGAGGAGGAGGAAACCUGCAGCGGUCAGGAGGGAGAGCAGCUUGUACUGAAGCAGGAGACUGAUGCCUUUAUGUUGACUCCUGAUUAUGAGGGAAGUGACCACACUGAACCAGAACCAGGCAGAGACCAGCAGCUCCUCUCUCACAGCUCUCCUGUAGAUGAGAGCCAAGAUCAGACAGGAAGCAAACAUGUGGACUCAGAAUUAACUAGAAAUGCAGAGACAAAGACACAGAAGAGACAACACAACAACAGGAGUCACAGCAACAGUGUGUACAACAAAGAGCUCCCACAGCAGCAUGUCUGUCAGGAGGAGGAGGUUCUCAGUGACCAGCAGCUCUGUGACCAGGAGAGGAACUCCAGCCUGGACCAAGAGGACCCAGAUCCACCACAGAUUAAAGAGGAGGAGGAGGAAACCUGCAGCGGUCAGGAGGGAGAGCAGCUUGUACUGAAGCAGGAGACUGAUGCCUUUAUAUUGACUCCUGAUUAUGAGGGAAGUGACCACACUGAACCAGAACCAGGCAGAGACCAGCAGCUCCUCUCUCACAGCUCUCCUGUAGAUGAGAGCCGAGAUCAGACAGGAAGCAAACAUGUGGACUCAGGAUUAACUAGAAAUGUAGAGACAAAGACACAGAAGAGACAACACAAGAACAGGAAUCACAGCAACAGUGUUUCCAACAAAGGUAAGAAGUCUUUCAAAUGUAAGACUUGUGGAAAAGCGUUUGAGUAUGAGUACAUUUUAAAUGAACAUCUGAGAAUCCACACAGGAGAGAAACGAUAUUGUUGUGAUUUCUGUGGGAAGUAUCUCAGAAGCAGAGAAGGCUUUUUGAUCCACAGAAGAACUCACACAGGUGAGAAACCAUACUGCUGCAGCACUUGUGGGAGAAGAUUCACCGCCUUGUCAACGAUGAAAAAGCACAUGAAAAUUCACACAGAGCUCCCACAGCAGCAUGUCUGUCAGGAGGAGGAGGUUCUCAGUGACCAGCAGCUCUGUGACCAGGAGAGGAACUCCAGCCUGGACCAAGAGGACCCAGAUCCACCACAGAUUAAAGAGGAGGAGGAGGAGGAAACCUGCAGCGGUCAGGAGGGAGAGCAGCUUGUACUGAAGCAGGAGACUGAUGCCUUUAUAUUGACUCCUGAUUAUGAGGGAAGUGACCACACUGAACCAGAACCAGGCAGAGACCAGCAGCUCCUCUCUCACAGCUCUCCUGUAGAUGAGAGCCAAGAUCAGACAGGAAGCAAACAUGUGGACUCAGAAUUAACUAGAAAUGUAGAGACAAAGCCACAGUCGAGUCAACACAGCAACAGUGUUUCCAACACAGGUGAGAACUCUUUCAAAUGUGACACUUGUGGAAAAAUAUUUAAGCAUAAAUUCACAUUUAUAGAGCAUCUGAGAAUCCACACAGGAGAGAAACCAAAUAUCUGCGAUAUGUGUGGGAAGCGUUUCAGAAGUAGAACAGGCUUGUUGAUGCACAGAAGAACUCACACAGGUGAGAGGCCGCACUCCUGCAGCACCUGUGGGAGAAGAUUCAUUGAUCAUUCCGGGCUGAAAAAGCACAUGAGAUCUCACACAGGUGAGAAGCCAUAUUCUUGUGAAAUCUGUGGGAAGGGUUUUGCGUGUCAUGGUAGCUUGAAAGCCCACAGGAGAUCUCACACAGGUGAGAAGCCAUAUUCUUGUGAAAUCUGUGGGAAGGGUUUUGCGGUUUCUUCUAUUUUGAACGUCCACAGAAGAAGUCACACAGGUGAGAAGCCGUUCCCCUGCAGCACCUGUGGGAAAACAUUUAGUCGCAAUUCAGUAUUGAAAAAACAUACAAGAGUUCACACAGGUGAGAAGCCAUUUUCUUGUGAAACUUGUGGGAAAAGGUUCAUUCAGUUGUCAGACUUUAAAAGGCAUGCAAGAGUUCAUACACGUUGGGCAAGUGCUCAGCUCUAAGCGUGUCACUUCACACGUGGCGUUCAAAUUUCAGAUUCAGAGAACUUUAUUGUCAUUCCUUCUACGUUCAGGUACGUAUUAGGAACAAGAUUACGUUGCACCAGCUCAGAAGAUCACAGUAGAGGUAGAGAAGGGAAAUGCGUCUCCAUUGAACACUUGUGGUAGAAUCUCACUUCCCCACUUUAUAUGCAAAAAAACAUAAUCGAUUUAGUUUGCAACAACCAAAUGUGCUGUUGAUCUUAACCAGCAGGUUAAGGCUACUGGCAGCUAAGGGCAACUUUUAAGGUGGAAUGUUUUUUUCUAUCUUACCGAGUGCAUGAGUGCAGGUUGUGGAUCCAUCAACUCACCUUAAAUUUCAGAGUGGAUCAGUUCAUUGGUCUCUUCCACUCUGAUGUUGAAGCUCAGAAAGCUUCCCUCACUGUGUCCCUCAUGUUUUAUUCUUUCCACCUACGGGUUUUUUUUCGAUUUGUCCAGAACAUGUCCUUUCAUUUUAUAAAGUAACUGUCAAGUAAACAGCUGCACUUAUUCAGCUCAACUAAAUAUUACAUUCAAAAACGUAAACGCUCAUAAAGUAUAAUACCUUAUUACAGUGUCCUCUAGUUUACAAACUCUGUACCAAAAACAGUGAAAUUGCUCCAUCUCCACAAGCUGUGUGCUGUCAUGUUUUGUACAAUGUGUUCUAACCCGUCUGUGUAUUCUUCCAUGAGGGAAAAUCCACUGGUGUUCUGCUUAUCUUGCACCUGUGCCUGUCUUCAGCGCCACUCUGUCUGUUACUGCAAGUGUGUUAUCUAACAUGCACUGCAUAGGCUAUGGUACUGUAAUGAGGAGAUGUGUGGUGUCAAAUCUGUGCAGGAUGCUUGUGUGUGUGUGUGUUCUAAUCCACUUGAAUGUCCCACCAUGAGUGCUUAGAAAUGUGUUAUCUCCCAAGGCCACUGGAAGUGUGCUUGGGAAGUGCGCUCAGCAGGCGUGCUUGGCAAAGUGUUAUCUCCCAAGGCCACACACCUGCCACUCGUAUUGUGUAAGGCAACACGCGGUACUUUUUUCGAUACAAGGUGGUAAGGGCUAAUUUUUUUUUUUAAAAGCGGCAUCGUCAGACAUGCCCCUCCGUCUGAAACACACUUACAAUUUACAAUAUAAAAAAUGAUGUACAGGUGGUAAAAUUCAGUUGUUUCUGCAGGACAACUCGGGCUUUUGACUUCUGUAUUGAACAAUAAAGCUCUCUGAACUCAGCCUCUCUGGACUCCUGUGCUUAGGGAUGACUCUGUUUUUUUCCUUCAGAAACAAGAGUUGAAAGACUUGAAAGACAUGUUUUUGGAAGAAAAAAAUUUAGAGAAUAAAGAGAAAAAGGUGUGGACAUUUAGGCAGAAUUGGACUCAGUCUUCAACUGUCCCUUGACUGCGUCUACAGCCUGACCUGAAAAAUCCACAUCAGCUGCUACAGGGAAAAAAUGCUGUUUACAUAUUGUGGCCUAAGUAAAACUGGUGGGACAUUACAAAUAAUCACUUGCAUGCUUUAAACUACAUUUUGCUGAAACUAAUUUCUGGAACAGUAAAACUCUCUCAUUUUUCCUCUCAUGUCACUGUAUUGCAUUUCUGUUAUCAAUAGAAUUUCUUUGAACCUUGUAUUGUAACCUUGUAUUUCCCUGCUCUUUCUGAGUGCAUUCCCCACAGAUGUAAAUAACUGACUUCUUAAAUAAUUUUUUAUUUUACUGUUUUCAUACACUACCUCAGCUUUAUGACUGAUUUGUGAGCUGUGUGGUGAUGAAGCUGAGAAAUCCUCUUGUAAGUUUGAGUCCCUUAUGUUUUGAUCGUUCCACCUACUGUCUUUUCUUUUUGCCUAGUAGUGAUAGACGUGUGUAGUGAUCAGCACACAAAACCAUUGUGUGUUUCUACAAUUAUUUAUCAGUGAAACAAACCUUUAACUAGAAUAUUUCUUUCACUGCUGGUUGUUCAAACUUUUUUUUUUUUUUUUUUUGUCAAAGUUAAUGAACAAAAUGUUUAGUGUAAUUGUGAGCAUCCCCAGUGAAAGUGUGACCUAUGUAAUCUGUGAAU